CUUCAGCGCUUCAAGAUACGAAAAUAAUAGUUUCGGAAAUCGUCUAGCUCUGCAUACAGAAUCCAACAUGUCUCGAAGGUAUGAUUCAAGAACAACAAUCUUUUCUCCGGAAGGGAGAUUGUACCAGGUGGAGUAUGCAAUGGAAGCCAUAGGUCAUGCUGGUACCUGUCUCGGGAUCCAGACAAACGACUGUGUUAUACUGGCAGCAGAGCGACGAAACACAAAUAAACUUCUAGAUGAGGUGUCUUAUUCCGAAAAAAUAUACAAACUUCACGAUGAUAUGGCUUGCAGUGUUGCUGGAAUCACAUCAGAUGCAAAUGUGUUGACAAAUGAGUUAAGAUUAUCCGCCCAAAGAUAUAUGAUAGCUUACCAGGAGCCUAUGCCUUGUGAACAGCUGGUUAGUUCUCUGUGUGAUUUGAAACAGGCCUACACACAAUUCGGAGGUAAACGACCGUUUGGAGUGUCUAUCCUGUACAUGGGCUGGGACAAACACUAUGGAUUCCAGCUGUAUCAGAGUGACCCUAGUGGUAACUACGGAGGCUGGAAGGCUACCUGUAUCGGUAACAACAGUGCAAAUGCUGUGUCCAUGCUGAAACAGGAGUACAAGGAAGGAGAAAUGACCAUGAAAGAUGGACUAAUGCUUGCUGUAAAGGUGUUGAGUAAAACCCUGGACAUGACCAAACUGACAGCAGAAAAAGUUGAAAUAGCAACAUUAACACGAGAAAAUGACAAAACAGUGAUUAGAAUCCUACCAGCUGAAGAAGUGACAGAACAUAUAAAGAAACAUGAAGAGGAGGAAGCUAAGGAAGAAGCAGAGAAGAAGAAAGAGAAAUAAUUUGUGAAUUAAUAAUAGAUGGAGAAUGACUUUGAACAUGUUUUGAUGUAUGGGUCCAUAAUGUAUAAAUAUUUUAUGUGAUCCGUGACUGGAGAUUCCUUGGACUUGUAUUAAGGAUUUAGGAGAAUAUAAUUAUAGGGUUAACACUUCCUUCAGAACAAAAUGGGAUAUAUUUAACAUGCUAAACUUAAAUUUCCAGAAGGAAAUAUAUUCUGAAAAUAAGUAAGUGUAUGUGUCAAAUAGAGGGAAAAUUAUUUGAUCCUAAAUGUUCAGUGUACAUUUGAACAUACUGAAAGAAAGUUUGAAUGGGGAAAUACUUUUCUUGCAAGAAUUAGAUGUUGUUCAAAGCUAAUAUGUGCUAUUAUGAGAAAGUGCUAAUUAUGAAUCUUUUCAGCAUAUUCAUUUUGGAUGUUAAACUUGAAAGACAUGAUUGUCUGUUUAAACAGUUUUUGAUGACAAUGAGUAAAGCUAACAGUGUUAAAGCUUUCCCUCACAUUAUAUAUAUAGUAUGUACUGUGAUCACUGAUGUCGUGUCAUCAACCUUUAUGGAAAUAAAAUGAUUUAAACUAUA